CUUUGCAAGCGAGAAUGGCGGAAAUAAAGUUUUCUGCUCGCGCGUAUUGUAAAAUGAUUCUUCAUGCAGCAAAAUAUCCACAUUGUGCUGUAAAUGGUCUUUUGUUAGCAGAAGAUUCGAAGUCGAAGGAUGCUAAGUCCAAAGGAUUGGUGAUUACCGAUGCAGUUCCAUUAUUUCACAUAUGUUUACAAGUGUUCCCAAUGACGGAGGUAGCACUGACGCAGGUAGAUUUUUGGGCAUCAAAAGCUGGACUAGUUAUAGCCGGUUACUAUAUGGCAAAUGAGAACAUUAGAGAUAUGAGUCAUGAGCGUGGACAGCGAGUUGCAGACAAAAUUGCCGAGAAUUUCAGCUCAGCUUGUCUUGUUGUUAUAAACAAUCAGAAACUGAGUGUGACGAUGGACAAUGUAGCACUGUGUGUAUUACAGAAUGCCGAUGGAAAGUGGAAACCAAAGGAUAGAUCAAGUUUUUCUGUGGAGGCAAAUUCGCUGGACUCUGCGGCUGUUUUAGUGCAGCAACGAGCUUAUGAAGAACUAGUGGACUUCGACAAUCAUCUAGAUGAUAUCUCACUGGACUGGACAAAUGCUCAAUUAAAUGAUAUAAUAGAUAAUGCAGUUCAGGUGGUAGGUUAAGAGAUUGUAUAUAUGUAUAUAUUUUUAAAAAAGUCCCUGAGGUGAUAACCAGAUUAUAUAUCAUCUCAGGCUCAUACCUCUGCAUUUGUUGAUGAGGAACAGAAAAUUUAUAUUAUUUAUAUAACUGCUGGACAGUUUUGUUGUUCUCAGACCAAGGAUUGUGGAUGAAGCACAUCUUGAAUAUAUCUGUGGCAAUAUUUUCCACGUGACAAGCACCUAAAAUGUGAUGACCUCCUUCACAUCUCCAAGCAUUCCAAGACUGGAAGUCAUUCUCCUUUUUAAAGUGUUUAAUGGUGUCAGUGAUAGUAAAUUAAAUUUUCUGCUGACAGUAGGGCAUUCUUGUUGUUUAUCACUGACAUUAAAUUGCAAAAAGCACCAUUUGCAAAAGAUACAUGUGCAUAUUCAAUGUUGAGUUUGCUGUUAGACCAUAUGACAUGUUGUAAUAUUUUGUAGCUUUGAUUAGUAUGUGCAACAGUGAAUAGCUCCACUUCUUGUACCUUGUAUUGUAAUUUACACACAGUUUGUCUGAGCCAAAAAUUGUGUGUCACUCAGAUUUUGUGUGUGUUGUUAUGAUUUAAUUAUUGUGUAUGGUUUGUUGGAUUGUAUAUACAACUUUAAAUUGACAGGAUGGAAUUUGAAAUUAAACUUGUAAGUUGUUGAAAUUUAUACCAUUCAUAGAUAAUGUAAGGAAAAAAAAGUAUUGUAUUGAUCCUUGCAACCUUGAGAUUUCAAAGUCGUUAAAUCUAUUGGUACAGUUUUUUUUGUCUAUCUAUGUGAGUAGUAGAUAUUUUGACAUGACGAUUAUAUAAAAAUGAGAAGAUUUAUCUACAGUUAUUACAUACAGAUACAGGUACUGUCACAUUCAGUCAAAUUAGUCUGUUCUGCUCAUGGAACUGAUAUUAGCUUAUUUUGCCCCAAGCAGAACAUUUGUUUCUAGAAACAAUGACACAGGUUAUCCAAUCAGUUAACAUAUUGAUUAUGAUAUAUUUCUGUGAGUGUAACAUUUUAUCACCUUACUAACAAGUAAUUUCUUCUCAGAGAUGAAAAUUAACUGUCUGAACCUCAAAAGCUUAUUCAGAAAUUUUGAAGACUACACAGACUGCAUACCUGAUGUUCCUACACAUGCAACAACAAACUCAAGAAUUUGCUCUUGUUGGUUUACACACUCCUCCAGUUCUUCAUAGUAAUAGGAGAUGUGUACAUUUUUUGUGGUUUUCUUUUAUUCCCCCAUAGAUAAAUUAUAAAUUGUUAUAUGAUUAUAAAAGUGCCACAGGAGCAAUUGCCUUUGGAUUGUAUAUAUCCUCAUAGGGAAACAAUAAGAUUACUUCUCAUGAUAGUUAAAUGUCCCUCACCCCCUGCCCCAUACUCCAUAUCAUUCCUACACAAUACACCAUUCUGUCACUCAUUCGAAUGCCUUGUGCUUUGCAACACCUGUACUCUUCUACACUUACCCCUCCAUGUCAUUGUCUCUUAGGUGAUGAAUAUCAUGUGAAUUUAUUUCUGAUUGUUAGCUCCAGCUAACAUAAUCAGCAGAGCAAGACUUAGCAGUGAAAGCUACAGUUUUUUAUAAGUCUUAAUAUCUAUUCUCCCGUCACUCAGCAGUUUAUAUCCUAUAAUCAAGCUUAUUUUGUUGACAGUUGUAUAAUCAUCUUUUUUUGUAAUUAUGUCCAUUCUUUCUCACCUUGUUCUUCCCAUUUCACUGUGUUUCAUUCUGUUGGUCAGUCUCUUUAAGUGGCAUUUCCUCAUAUUUUCUCUCCAAUUUUGCCACAUCACUCUUGAACUUUUAAUAUGUGUGCCUUUGUUUCUGGUAACUAUUUUACAAUCACAUAGCUCCACUAUCCUGUUGCUCAUCUAUGUAUACACUACAUCCUCUGUAAGUCUUCUUACCCACAUACCCACAUCUGCAUGCUCAUAGUUACUGUAAAAAAAAAAAAGUGUAAUUUAUUUGUAUUUGUAAGCUGGCGAUAAGAACUUUUUUCUGCAGUGAUUAUCUUUACAGUCAUGUACAAC